AUGACGCACGCGUGGGCGGCCGCGUGCGACGGCGCCGCGCUGCCGGUGCGGCCGGAGGGGGAUCCCCUGGAGCUCGCGCGGCGCGCGCUCGACGCCUGGGGCGGCAUCCUGGCGCCGGCGCCGGUGGCAGCGGCGGCGGCGCCGGCGGCCCCCGCGGCGCGGGCCGCGUUUACGGCCGUGGCGGUCAUGGUGGGGGAUGCCGCGGUGCUGGAGGCGCCGGUGUCUCCGGUGCUGGUCUCGCCGGAGCAGGCGGUGCGCGCUUGA